AUGACGCGACACCUUUUCCCAACCCGCCCCGGCGAAGGGAGCCACAUGUUCCCAGAUCCAACGCGGAACAUGUUGACCGUCCUCGUCGGUGAAUUCUGCGGGACCUUUAUGUUUUUGCUCUUGUCAUUCAUCGGCACCCAGACCGCCAUCGUCACAAACAACCCCAACGACUACACUGCCCCUCUGGCUCCAUUCAGUCUACUGUAUGUCGCCUUCUCCUUCGGCGCUGCAGUCGCCGUAAAUGUGUGGAUCUUCUACAGAGUCACUGGUGGCAUGUUCAAUCCUGCCAUCACAUUGGGUCUCGUCCUGGUCGGAGCUGUUGGGCCACUGCGGGGCCUCUUCGUAUUUAUUACACAACUGGUCGCUGCGAUAGCGGCGGCUGCAGUUGCCGAUGGCCUCACGCCUGGCCCGGCUCUAUUUGGUGAUAAGCUUGGUGGCGGCGCGAACACAGCUCAAGGGUUUUUCCUGGAGUUCUUCCUUACUGCGCAACUUGUCCUGACUGUGUUCUUCUUGGCUGUCGAGAAACACCGUGCUACAUAUUUAGCACCUAUCGGCAUUGGGAUUUCUGUCUUCAUUGCACACAUCUGUGCAACGAACUGGACGGGGACUUCGAUUAAUCCAGCCAGGGCUUUUGGUCCUGCAGUGAUCACGAACUUUCCAGGUUAUCACUGGAUCUACUGGAUCGGACCUCUCACGGGCUCUCUGCUAGCAUAUGGAUGUUACGCUCUUCUCAGGUGGAUGAAGUAUAACACUGCAAACCCUGGACAAGACGAGGAUGACCUUGAAAGGUUUUACAGCCAUUCGGACAGGGGGCUUAACGAGAAGAAUUCGAACACCACUUCAAAUCCUGCCUCAAACGCUGCCUCUCAGAAGAAGGGGCACUCAAGAAUGGACAGUGGGUAUUCAGGGGUUAUACACCAUGAUGAAGGGUCUGGAUCCCCAUCUGGGGGUCCCGUCGCACCCUCUACAGUUCUACCAACGUCAGAGCCUGUCUCCGAUACCCAUAACACCCACAUGCCUCAUAUCAACCUACCCAAUGACCGGUAA